AGUCGGGACGUGACAUUCCUUGGCUGCUGGUACCGGGCAGCGGUCGCCGUACCUGGGCCCGCUUAUUUUAGUCCCAUUUUACAGUUUUUUUUUUAAACAUGGCCGCUUCAGUAUCGACGCCGAUAAACACAGUGUCGAGAGAUAAUUUAGUGGUUUUGAUCAGGAAUAAUGUGUUGAAUAGUACUGUGGAAUUGUCAGAUAAUGAUGGGUUGGAAACAGACUCGCCAGUUCGCAAAAGAACAAACCUUCAACCGAUAAUAAAGAAGCUAUUCCAUUCUCCAAUUUCUCCACAAAGUCCAGAGCAAAUAAUUGUGAGAAGGAGAACAAUAGAGAAGUGUAGGAAAAGAAAGAGACAAGAAACGCUCCUGCCAGGUUCUGAAGAACACAUCACGAUGGCGUACGUCAAAGAGAAGGACGGGUAUAGCCCGGUCGCAUUCGGGGGAAUGAGAAAGCGUGUUUUGAUCAGCCUAUUCCAUAAUAAAGAGUACUCCAUGGAUAUUGGUGAUUAGCUGCAUAGCUUUAGUUUAACACGGAUAUUUUUAUGUGAUAAUCAAAACAUCGUACUAAACUUAAGCUUUACUAAAUUAUAAAUCUUCUAUGUUUUACUUAUAUAAAAAUUAUUAGCGCACAUUUGUUCGUAAACAGUUUGGAUUUCAAUAAUUAUAAUUUGAUAGAAUUUGAAAUAAUUAUAAUAUAAUGGGUAUAAUGUGAUAGAACCUUAGGAAUUAGAAGUUUUGCACCACCAUGCUUUACAAAUUUUGGUUGGCGGAAUUUAAUGAACAUUUUGGAUACUUGCAAUUUGAAAUCAGGUAAGUAGUCAGUAGCAGUCAAGUAGGUCUAGACCAUAUAAAUUGUAAGAGAUCCUCGGGAAUUUGGAUUAAAAAAUAUUUAGCGAAAAUCCAAUGAAGGCAUAAACAAAUUGGUAUAGUUGGUUUAUGACUUAACAUAGUUUAGAGUUAUAUACUUUUUGCAAUCAUUUUAUUUUGUCUUCCAAUAAACUUAGAAUAUAAGAAAGACUGGUAGUAUGUAAGAUAUAGAUUAAUAAAAUAAAUAAAAUAUACAUAAUUAAGGAAAUAAUAGUUUCGAAUGAUGAUUUAUCUUUAAGAUAAUUUAAAUAAAUGAAAUGUUAACAGUAAGCAUUUUCCUAGUUGAAUUAAUUAUUAAAGUACCUGUAUACAAAAAUAACCCUCUUUUUUGUGCGAAAUGUUAUAAUAAGAGCUCGAAUUCAUUAGUUAUUUACCGAAUUUCUACGGUUUUAUUCUAGAUUAAUUUAUAAUUAGCAUUAGUUAUGAUAUACAAGUUUAUAUAAGUCUUGCGUCAUGCGUGCCAUAAUAAAAGAUUUGAUAAAAUA